AUGGCUUCCACAUCUGCUGCCUCUCCUCCUCCCUUCACCUUCGCAAGCCCAGUCUCAUUCUCAUCAGAGACCCAUGAGGACGCACUCGACUUCGACUACGAAUCCUGGAUCCAACAAUCCAAGACCGCCAACUGCUACUCUAAUAAGCGGCUGUGGAUGGAUGACGGAGAGGCAGAGGUGAUCAACAGGUACCACCACGAGAUGAUGCUUCGAGUGGCGGACAAUCUGCCCGAGGAAGCCUAUGAACUGUCGCUGCGAGACAUCACAGAGCUGUCACUGCCUCCUCCUCCUCCUCCUCCUCCUCCUCCUAGGGCCACACCCACAAGGAGUUUGCCAUGCCGGCACAAGAGUACUCCCUCUAUCUCUAUGGAGGGAGCAGGCAGCUUCAUCAUUAAGCUCUUCAUGCCCUCGCCAUCCAGAGCAGCUGCUGCUUCUUCUGGUGGUGGGAGGAGGAACAAGAGCUUCUUCAUGCCCUCGCCAUCCAGAGCAGCUGCUUCUUCUUCUUCUGGUGCUGGGAGGAGGAACAAGAGCUUCUCCAGUAGCUCAACGACUGUAUCUGUGCUGCGAAAAAAGAGUGCGCCAGCCAACCAUGGUCGUUCUCGUUCUAUGGAAAAUGACACACACAGCAAUGGCUACCACGACAGUACUAAAAGGUAG